ACCUUUCUCUUCUUCGUGGUGGAGGUGGUGGUGAGCCGGGUCACGUCGUCGCUGGCCAUGCUCUCCGACUCCUUCCACAUGCUCUCCGAUGUCAUGGCCCUGGUCGUGGCACUGGUGGCCGUGCGCUUCGCCCAGCGCACCCGCGCCACCAAGAAGAACACCUUCGGGUGGGUGCGGGCCGAGGUGAUGGGCGCCCUCGUCAAUGCCGUCUUCCUCACCGCCCUCUGCUUCACCAUCCUGCUGGAGGCCAUUGAGCGCUUCACGGAGCCCCACGAGAUCCAGCAGCCGCUGGUGGUCAUCGGUGUCGGGGUGGCGGGACUCAUCAUCAACCUGCUGGGGCUCUGUCUCUUCAACCAUCACGGCGUCGGAGGCCAUGGCCAUUCCCACGGCCACGGGCACUCGCACAGUGGCAGGCAGCACUCUCGCAGUGGCCCCAAGCCCGAGCAGCCACCCGGGGACGGGGAGGCUGCGCUGCACCGGGAGGAGACCAGCACCUUAGUGGAGAACUGCAGCAGCUCCAAUGGAGUCAGUCAGGAGAAGCUGGGUGAUAUGAAAGACGACAUGCUUGACCUACAAGUCAACGGGAACGCUGGUCACUAUCCUCUGGAUGUAGAGGAGGUUGAAGAAGACUCUAGUGCACAGCUUAACAUGCGUGGAGUUUUUCUGCAUGUUUUUGGAGAUGCCUUAGGUUCAGUAAUUGUGGUAGUGAAUGCCUUUCUCUUUUAUGGGUUGUGGAAUCCAUGCCCCAAAGAUGGGCCCUGCUUUAAUCCAUGUGUCAAUAAUCAUUGUAUGGAAAAUGCUACUUUAUCCCAAACACUUGGCAGAGCAAACAAGUCUGAGCAAGAGAGCAUUACAGUGGCUGGUCCAUGCUGGUUGCUAUAUUUAGAUCCUGUCCUUUGUUUGAUUAUGGUUUGUAUACUCCUUUACACAACUUACCCGUUACUUAGGGAGUCAGCCCUUAUACUUCUACAGACUGUUCCCAAACAAAUAGAUGUUCAUUCUUUGAACUCAAAAUUACGUACCCUUGAAGGAGUUGAAGCAGUCCAUGAAUUACACAUUUGGCAGCUAGCAGGCAGUAGGAUCAUUGGCACUGCUCACAUCAAGUGUCCUGACCCUUCCACGUACAUGAUGGUGGCGAAGCGCAUCAAAGAGAUCUUUCAUGACGAAGGGAUUCAUGCAACUACCAUUCAGCCUGAGUUUGCCAGCGUUGGCUCUGAAUCGGGGAGAGGGAAAUGUGAGUUUCCUUGCAGGACUCAGUGUGCUUUGAAGCAGUGUUGCGGAACAGGAGAAGAUAGUACUGCAAAGAAGACAGAAAAAUCUUCGUCACUUAGUAUUUCUUGUUCAGAAGUUGUCAUUGAAUUUCCGAAAACUAGGAGGACUAAGUCGGAGAGCAUCCCUUCAGUUAAGCUAGAGGCAAACACCGAUCAAAACGAGCAGUUUGAAUCAUCGUUGUAACUCCCUGAAUGGUGCUACCUGAGUUUUGGUGACUUUGACAACAGCUGUAUUGCAAGAGGAAGAGACAGACGUUGGAGACGCAAUUUUGCCAAGUAGUGUAAUUGCUGAAGUCCUUGUUCUUGUCAUAUUGCUAAAUCUAGAAUGCUUGUUUCAGAGAACAUAAUGUCACUGUCAUGAUACAAUGUGUUUGUGUUGACUUUGUAUUGAGACAGACAGAAAGUGCACCAGUGCUGUAACAACUUCAGAAAACCAGUUUCAACAUUUCAGCAGAGACACUUUUUGCUGUGCUUCAGAUUAAAAUCUUUUUUUCCAGUGAAAAGGUAUUUGAGGGAUAAGCAUGUAGGAACUCAGUUUGUGUUACAGAUUUCUUGGACCUACUCUUUCCUUUAAUAUUUGAUUUGUAGAUAUCUUAAUAUAUUGUUUAUUUAGAAGCCCUAAGGAAACCAAAGUUCAUAGAACAUUUUUAAAGGUAUAACUACUUAAACCUGGAACACACUUUGCAGUUUCACGUAUUUUUCUUAAACCUAUAUAACAGUAAAUGUGAAGGCAUUUCUAAUUAAUUUAUCGUAUAGCAUAUUUUAAAGAGAACAUCAGGUGAUUGUUAGAAACUGUCCCCACUUUUUUUCUGGUAAGGUAGUGAGGUAAUUAAAAUCGACUGCUUGUGAAAAUAUCAGAUGUGAAAGAUGUUUUUUUUUCUAUCAGAAUGCGAGUUCAAGCUACUGUAUACUGCUCUGCGAUCAAGACGUGAGACUGACCCAUAAAGUAAUGCAUACUUU